CGGUGCCGCUGUCCCCAUUCGGGGAGGAGCGGCCGGCUGAGCCGCGUGAUCCGGGGUGGUGGGCCCUCCCCGGGGCUGGGGGAGGGGUGGGGCCAGCCGGCCUAGCGGACACCCUGUUCGUUCCAUGGGGAAACAUGGGCCCCAUCACCGCCAGUCCUUGUCUCGGAGGACUCUUGUCACUUCCGCUUUUCCGGCCAUGUCUGCGCAAAGCGCGGGGAGCGGAAGGCUCCGCCCAGUGCGGGGGUAGCUUCCGGGUUGGUGACGUCACCGCCCAGUGCUAGCGCCCUGUUUGUGCUUUUGGUGUCGCACUUAUGCCUGCUGUGUUCUCUGCGCUGUGGUCUAGACGUUGUGGGCUUUGUAGGUCUAGCAUCAAGUGUGAGUUAAUUUUGUGAAAUUUUCUGAGUCUUUGUCCAAGGGUUUCUUUUGGAUGGUUUUCCAGAAACAAUUCUAGAAAAGAUUGUGCUACUUUAUCAAAGGAAAUUUCAGGGAGGAUUAACUGAGGUGAGAAGACCCCCGUCGUCUUACAGCAGGUGGCACUUUGAGAAGGAAAUCCACAGAAGGAGCAGUGUUUGUUCCUGCUUGCCUUCAUUUCUUGCUGGUGAGUGCAUCUGCCCCAUUGCCACUGCUGCUGCCACCCUUCCCUGACAUUGGAGCCAGUGUCUUGGGUCUCCAGUGUGGACUGAAGACCACUGAAGAAGCUUCCGGGCGUCUUCUGAGCCCGUAGUGCCAGAUUGGAGCUCCCAAGGCUUCCAGCCUUGUGGACGGAACCUCUUCAUCAUGGAGACCCCCAUUGUUGGACUAUCCCGGCCUGAUCAGGGUUUGGUGAGCUUUGAGGAUCUGGUGGUGCACUUCACCCAGGAUGAGUGGGAUUUGCUGGAAGCUUCUCAGAAGAGUCUCUAUGGAGAUGUGAUGCUGGAGACCUUCAGGAACCUCACUGCCGUAGGUUAUGAAUGGGAAGACGAGGCAAUUGAAGACCAUUGUGAAGAGCCUGAGAUAAAUCUAAGGGACAUCGUCUCUCACUCUGAGUACACACACGAGUAUGAACACGAGGAAUAUGAAGAGAAGCCACCUGAUUCUAAUUUUCUCACAAGUGUUGAAGGAUGCGUGGAAACGAAGACUUCUAGUGGACCUUCUGUGUGUGAGGUGUGUUUAAAGACCUUUGGACUGUAUCACCUAACCUACAACGGACAUCACAACUAUGACUACAAGGAACUCAGAGGAAGCCAGACUGAGGAAAAUGAUUGUGAAGGUAAUUCGUGUGAUAAAACUUCCGGUUCCCUUCAAAAAGAAGACAAAAUUCAUACUGGGAAAAAGCUCUAUGUGUGUCAGGAGUGUGGCAAAGCGUUUAGGUAUCCCAGCGCCCUCCAGUUACAUGAGAGAAUCCACACUGGAGAAAAGCCCUAUGAGUGUAAAGACUGUGGGAAAGCCUUCAGGGGUCUCAGCGCCCUCCACUUACACGAAAGAAUCCACACUGGAGAGAAGCCCUACGAGUGCAAGCAGUGUGGGAGAGCCUUCACGUACCUUAGUGCCCUUCAGCUGCAUGAAAGGAUUCACACUGAGGAAAGACCCUGCGAGUGUAAGCAGUGUGGUAAAACCUUUAGAUAUAGCAGGGCCCUCAAAUUACAUGAGAGAAUCCAUACCGGAGAAAAGCCCUAUGAGUGUAAACAGUGCGGGAAAUUUUUCAGAAGUCACAGGACCCUUAAGUUACAUAAAAGGAUUCACACUGGAGAGAAACCCUACGCGUGUAAGGAAUGCGGGAAGGCCUUCAGAUGGCUUACUUCUCUGAAGUUACACGAAAAGAUUCACACUGGAGAGAAGCCGUAUGAAUGCCAAGAGUGUGGGAAGGCGUUCAGGUGUCAGGCUUCCUAUCACAGACAUAAGAUAACUCAUGGGGGAGAAACAUUGUAUGAAUGUAAGGAGUGUGGUAAGUCCUUCAUCUAUCCCUCUUUACUUCAAGUGCACGAGAGAACUCACACUGGUGAGAAACCCUUCGAGUGUAAGCUCUGUGGUAAAGCCUUUAGGUGUCAGUCCUCGCUUCGACUGCACGAGAGAACACACACGGGAGAAAAGCCCUAUGAGUGUAAGCACUGUGGCAAAGCCUUUUCAAGUUAUAAUUACCUUCGAUUUCACGAACGAAGCCACACUGGAGAGAAACCCUACGAAUGUAAGGAGUGUGGUAAAACCUUCACACAUCGCUCUUACCUUCGAUCACACGAAAGAAGACAUACUGGGGAGAAACCGUACCAGUGCGUUCAGUGUGGCCGAUCCUUCAGCCGGCAUAGUUCCUUUAAGAGACACCAGUCUGUUCAUGGAGAAAGCCCGUAUGAACAGUAUCUAAUUCCAUUAUCCCCAUUUUCUUCAAAGGAGUGAAAGGACAGAUUGGCAACAAACCCAUUGAAUGUAAACAAUGUAGCAAAAUAUCCCCAUUCACAUAAACACACGCAAGAACUCAAGACAAGGACGAACCUUUCCUAUGUAAACUGUGUGGCAUCGCCUUCAGGGGUCACAGUGUCCUUCAGAGAAGGAAUUCUUGCUGGGCAAAGUUUAUGCUUGUUACCAAUGUGGUAAGUGUCUUGUCAUACUUCCUUUCAGAGAAGUAAGUUAAUUUAUGCCGGGCAAAUGCUCUAUGAAUGUACAAGAUAUGGUUACUUUUUCAUUUAUCUCUGUUUGCCUUAAAAUCAUGAAAGAACUCAUAGUGGUUUAAAAACAAACCCACACGAAUAUAAACAAUGCGGAAAAGCCUUCAGGUGUCACAGGCCCUUUAAUGAAAUGUCAUGUUGGACAGAAAAUGCGAAUGUAAGCCGUGUUAAAGCCUUUAGAUCGCAUUGGUCCCUUAGAUUCCAGGAAUGAAUUCCAACUGGAAAACUUUCCAAGUGGAAACAGCUGUGAAGCCUUCACGGCCACAGUCCUUUAGGAAGCUAAAGGUGAUGGAAGAUGGGCAGUGUGAGGAGUGUGGGGACCUAAUGGAUGCUGACAGGUGGACGUUUCCUUAGCCGUGGCUUCCCAUGACUUGCCUGUGCUCGUGUAAAUACCCCAAAUUAAACUCAGUGAUUCCUCAAGCCACACUAGGGUAGAAUCAUUCUUGGUCCCUGUCCUUGAUGCACAGUCUGGGAUGAACAGACCUUCAGAAAUGUCUUCAGGCUUUUAAAGCUGUGCUGUGUUUACAUCAGUGAAACACUGAGACGGAGGGGAGGCUGUGGCUUAAAGUGCUGUGCUCUCUCUGGGUGGGUGCUUCAGCUGUCAAUUUGAUGCAGUCGGUGUCACCUGGGAAAGGAGUCUCAAUACUGACUUCUCUAGGUUAGGUUCGCCUUGACAUGGCUGAGAGGGAUUUUCUUCCUAGGGUUAAUUGAGGUGGGAACACCCACCCUGAAUGCUGUCGACACUGUUUUAUGGACUGAAUAAAAAGAACUGAAGCAGCUAAACUCAGUUUCCUUGCUGUCUGUCUUGGGACUAUGUCUACUGUGCCUCCAUGACUGGCCCACAAUAGUGGGCUGUGACCUGAAACCAUGAGCUGAAAUAAACACUUCCUUCCCUA